CUGCAAAUUCCCGGGGGAUGAUUGCUCUUUACUGCUGGGAAAAUGCGGCCAUUCCUUCCAUAUGCACUGUCUGAUGACCUGGAUCCAACAAGAAUCCUCCAAGGGACUAUGCCCGAUGUGCCGACAGAAAUUCGAAUGGAAGCAGAACGAGGAGUGAACCGAUGGAUUGAGAAUAAGGCGUACGGAGUAUGAAUAGAAUAACGGACUUAAUGCCAAUUAUGCAGUCACAUGACCCGCUCCACCCUGGUCAGGCAGGAAAAGACUGUUGCCUCAUUCGGAAGUACUCUCACGGCUCUCUUUCUACUAACGGGACUUUUUCGACUUCUCCGCCAUCUCGCGCCCUUUCCCUUUUCUUUCCCCAUCCUCCCUUUUCCUUCUUUCUUCUCCUCCUUCUAUCCAUCAUGUAGUGCCAGCAUGUCUCUUCCCAGGAAUCUUCCCUCGCCUUCUUUGUCCUCUUCUCCUUCCAGGCAUUCCGUUCGCCGCCUCCCCGACUCCGACGCUCCUUCCCGUCCCCAGAGCUUGAUCGACCGGCCGGUGACAACACCCCAGUCCCCCCCAGAACAAGCACAAGAUCCCUCCUCCCGCGAGGCAACUCCGCACCAGCCGGACCUGGACGAGAGAAAUCAAGGGGCACCGUCGGUCCCGGAGGAUCACGACGAGGGAGCAGCCGCCGCAGACAAACAACCACACCAACAACAACAACAACCACAGUAUGGACCCACCUUCCAACCCUUCUUCACCCUCGUGGAGGACGCCCACUCCGCCGAAUACUACCAUCCCAAUGUACACUACAUCUUCUCGGAUGACGACACCGAUAUCGUAACCGAAGCCGCCCUACGCUCCCUCGAUUCUGAUCAGCAUGACAGUUUCCUUCACAGUCGGAAGCGGAAAUCCCGCGAUCUGCACCUGCAGCAGCACCACCACCAGCCCGCUGACGACAACAGGACGACAGAUCGCCCCUACGAGGAAGAGCUGCCCAGUCCCAAGAAAACGUCCCUCCUCCCCGACCCCAUUCCCGGCGUGCGCGAUAACUACAUCAUCAUGGACGUCAACCAUGCGCCCGAGGCCGCGGCCGCCGCGGGCACCAAUCCCGUCCCCGCUUUGGCCGGGUCUCCCGCCCCCCAGACCUCCGUGCCUCCGCAGCCUUCCGCGAACAACCCCUUCACCGUGACGUCGGCCCAGAGCCUCACCCCGGCGUGGCAGGUGCUCGACACGCAGCUCGCCCCCGCCCCGACCUUCGAGAACAAUUCCCCGGGGGACCACGACCGGGGGCUGAUGCUCAAGAUCCGAGGCACGGCGGGAUUGCCCGUGAACGCCCUGGGGAAGGACCGGGAACGAGGCAGUCAGCAGCUGGAGGACAUGAUGGAGCAUUUCGAGAAGCGACUCAGCGAACUCCGGCGAAUCAUCGACGCAGGAGAGCAACCGCACGAGCCCGAAGUUCCACUGGAAGAGGCUGGGCCUCCUCCCGGAAUGGACGUGCCGAACGCAGUCGGCAUACCCCCUGAAGUAGAGAAACCAUCUGGGUCGCAGGGUCGUCCCGAAACCGAGGGGAAGGAAAAGGUCAAUCAAAAGGCCCAGGAACAGGCCAAGGAAAAGGCUCCGGAGCAGCGCCAGGAGUGAGAAACAAAUCCCAGUGGACACGAGGAAUGAAAACUACCUACUUAGCGGACCAGCAACAUUUUGGAUUGGAUUUUUU